AUGGCAAAAGUAAAACAAGAUUUGGUGGCAGUUCAUGGAAAAAUGCCAGGCAGCAGGAGAUGCAGCAUUUAUAGACAUUGUGGGUUGGGAGGUGGUCAGAACAUAAGUAAUAAGCCAGAAAGUUUCAAGGGCAGUGAAGUGCAAGGAGCACAUCUUGUAAUUUCCUUAACUUCCUUUUUUUUGUUUCAUACGUGGUUUUUGUCGAUGAUUGGAGAAGACUUUAGAGGUGGAAAAAUUAACCUAGAAAAAACUCAGAAAUUACUUGAAAAAUUAAAUGUUCAAUGUAAUUAUAUUCAUGUGAAGUAUAUUUUUAAGGAUAAUGACAGGCUGAAGCAGGGAAGAAUCACCAUAGAAGAAUUCAGAUCAAUUUAUCGAAUUAUUGCACACAGAGAAGAAAUUCUUGAGAUUUUCAACGCGUAUUCUGAAAACCGGAAAUUUCUUUUUGAAAAAGAGCUGACCAACUUUUUGACACAAGAGCAGUAUAUGUUUAACACGAAUAAAAGUAUUGCUUCUGAGAUCAUUGAAAAAUAUGAGCCUAUCGAAGAAGUUAAGCAAGCAAAGCAGAUGUCAUUUGAAGGUUUUGCAAGAUACCUGUGUUCAUCUGAGUGUCUACUAUUUAACAAUGAAUAUAAAAAGGUUUAUCAAGAUAUGCAUCAUCCAUUAAAUGAUUAUUUUAUUUCAAGUUCACAUAAUACAUACUUGGUAUCUGACCAAUUAGUGGGACCAAGUGACGUUUGGGGAUAUGUAAGUGCCCUCGUGAAAGGAUGCCGUUGUCUGGAAAUUGAUUGCUGGGACGGGUCACAGAACGAACCUGUCGUGUACCAUGGUUAUACACUCACUAGCAAACUGCUGUUUAAAACUGUUAUCCAAGCAAUACACAAAUAUGCAUUCAUAACAUCUGACUACCCAGUGGUGCUCUCUUUAGAAAAUCACUGCUCCCCUUCCCAACAAGAAGUGAUGGCAGACAAUUUGCAGGCUAUUUUGGGAGAAACCUUGCUUUCUGAUACGCUUAAUGAUUUUCCAGACAAACUACCUUCACCAGAGGCAUUAAAAUUCAAAAUAUUAAUUAGAAACAAGAAAAUAGGAACCUUAAUAGAAACCCACGCAAGGAAAGGCUUCGAUAAGCGUGGCCAGGUAGAGGAAUAUGAAGAAUAUGAAGAGACAGAGCAAGACGAAGACGAGGAGAAAGAUUCGGAAUCACUGGUCACUUUGCAAGACACUCCAGGAAAUGAACUGGAGUCAAAAAAAAGUGUGGUUGGAUUACCACUUUUCAAGAAAAAGAAGGUAAAAGUGGCUGUGGCCCUAUCUGAUCUUGUCAUUUAUACUAAAGCUGAGAAGUUCAGAAACUUUCGCUAUUCAAGACAGAAUCAAAAAUUUAAUGAAAGUAAUUCUAUUGGGGAGUCAAGAGCUCGAAAACUUUCCAAGUUGAGAGCCCAUGAUUUUAUUCUUCACACCAAGGACUUCAUUACCAGAAUAUAUCCCAAAGCAACAAGAGCAGACUCUUCUAAUUUUAAUCCUCAAGAAUUUUGGAAUAUAGGUUGUCAAAUGGUGGCCUUAAAUUUCCAGACCCCUGGUCUGCCUAUGGACAUUCAAAAUGGGAAAUUUUUGGAUAAUGGUGGUUCUGGGUACAUUUUGAAACCACAGUUCCUAAGAGAUAGUGAAACAGAGUUUAAUCCAAGGAAAGUACCAGAAGACAGCAAUCCACUUACACUUACAAUAAAGGUCAUCAGUGGUAUCCAGUUGCCUCCCAGUAACUACUCAUCAUCUAACAAAGCUGACACAUUAGUGAUUAUAGACAUUAUUGGUGUCCCAAAUGAUCAAGUGAAACAGCAGACUCGUGUAAUUAAAAAAAAUGCUUUUAGCCCAAGAUGGAAUGAAACAUUCACAUUUAUUAUUAAAGUGCCAGAACUGGCAUUGAUACGUUUCGUUGUGGAAAACCAAAAUUUAAUAACCGAAAAUGAAUUUCUUGGGCAAUAUACUUUACCACUUUUAUGCAUGAGAAAAGGUUACAGUCGCGUUCCUCUGUUUUCCAAAACUGGUGAGAGUCUUGAGCCUGCAUCACUGUUUGUUUACGUUUGGUAUGUCAGAUAG